AUGUCCACUGAAAACACCAAACGAUUCAAAUGGGCCAAAACAUUUACACCAGCUACAAGUGGUCGUAUACAAAAGAAACGCAAGCCACGGAUCAACAAGAAGACUGCCAUCACAACAACACAACAUAAACGUUCCAAUAGUGACAUGCAAUCCACCAGCAACACCACUGCUCCGGUGCCAUCAUCUUCUUCCACGCUUUACACGUCGCCUGAAUUAUCGGCUUCGCCACUUAAUCCUUCCGACAUGAACAUCAAGCAAUUGGAAAAGGAGCUUGAGUAUUCACUUGACACGUUGGCAACCAUCUCUGUUAUGUAUACGAGCCUUUUGCAUGCCUAUCGUGCUAGUAAACCAGAGCUUGAUCGUGAUCACAGCGCCACUCGGCUUGGCGAAAAAGAAAAGGAAUUGUUGACAGCUUAUGACGACCUUGGCCAUCAGGUUACUCAUUUGGAGCGUCAUAUUAUUCAACUUGAAAGACGCCUUUGCGAUCUUUCCGCUGAUGGAUAUCAUCACCAUGUCAACAACAACAACAACAACAGCAAUUGGAUUUUAUCCCCAUCCUCUUCACCAACAACAGCAGAAGCUAUGCCACCACCUUUAGUCCAAGGGAAUGUAGGAAAUGACUCGCCAAUGUCUGCACUUCCAUAUGUUGCUACGCCGCCUUCUUCCAUUUUCUCGGACGAUGCCAUUUACGAUUGCUCAGCCGGUGCUGCUGUUUGUGCUCAGCAACAACAACCACCUUUGCUAACGUCUUUGUGGACAUCACCAUUGGUGCAGCAAGAGCAAUUGUCAUCAUCAUCAUCUUACGUGUUAUCGCAUCUAUACGCCCCGUACCCCUAUUAA